AUGUCCUUUUCUGUGCAGCGAGUGAAGGAGAUUUGGGGCUGGAGAUGUCGAUUUCUUACCAGAGACAAGAAGCUGAAGAAUAGUUUGGUCUUCUGGGUCACUAUUACCCCCGAAGUCACGUCGAAAGUAAUAAAUCGAGCAAUCAUAGCAGAGCUAGUGAAAAUUUACAGAGAAUCUGAUCUUGGGACGAGAUUGCCUGCUUAUGAUGGCAGGAAAAGUUUGUACACAGCUGGUGAACUUCCUUUCUCAUGGAAGGAGUUUACCAUUAAACUUAUUGAUGAAGACGAGAGCAUAAACGGGCCCAAGAGAGAGAGGGUAUAUAAAGUGGUGAUCAAGUUUGUAGCGCGUGCAAACUUACAUCACUUGGGCCAAUUUCUUGCCGGCAAGCGUGCUGAUGGUCCUAAAGAAGCCCUUCAAAUUCUUGAUAUUGUGCUUAGAGAGCUCUCACUGAAAAGGUUUUGUCCUGUUGGGAGGUCGUUUUUUUCUCCCGAUAUUCGAAAGCCACAGAGGCUUGGUGAUGGAUUGGAGGCUUGGUGUGGAUUUUAUCAAAGUAUAAGGCCAACUCAAAUGGGACUAUCACUAAACAUCGAUAUGGCUUCAGCUGCAUUUAUAGAAGCUUUACCGGUAAUUGAAUUUGUCGCCCAAUUAUUAGGGAAGGACGUGAUGUCGAGACCGUUGUCUGAUUCGGACCGAAUUAAGGUUAAAAAGGCUCUUAGAGGAGUAAAAGUCGAAGUGACUCACAGAAGAGAUGUACGUAGAAAAUAUCGAGUUGCUGGGAUUACGACUCAACCCACUCGAGAGCUUGUAUUUCCUGUUGACGAUAACUCGACUAUGAAAUCGGUUGUUGAGUACUUCCAAGAAAUGUACGGUUUCACUAUUCAGUAUACUCAUCUGCCUUGUCUUCAAGUGGGAAACCAGAAGAAGGCAAACUAUUUACCAAUGGAGGCAUGUAAAAUUGUCGAGGGCCAAAGAUAUACUAAACGUUUGAGCGAGAAACAAAUUACUGCUCUUCUAAAAGUCACUUGCCAGAGACCAAGGGAUAGGGAAAAUGAUAUUUUGCAGACUGUCCAACAUAAUGAUUACGAACAAGAUCCCUAUGCAAAAGAAUUUGGAAUCAGAAUCAGUGAAAAAUUGACAUCUGUCGAGGCAAGAGUGCUCCCUGCUCCCUGGUUGAAAUAUCAUGAAACCGGAAAGGAGAAAGAUUGUUUGCCGCAAGUAGGCCAAUGGAACAUGAUGAACAAGAAAAUGAUUAAUGGCAUGACUGUUAGCCGUUGGGCGUGUAUUAACUUCUCAAGGAGUGUCCAAGAUAGUGUUGCUCGUGGAUUUUGUAAUGAGCUGGCUCAAAUGUGUCAAGUGUCAGGCAUGGAAUUUAAUCCGGAGCCCAUUAUUCCAAUUUACAAUGCGCGGCCUGAUCAAGUGGAGAAAGCCUUGAAGCACGUUUAUCAUGCAUGCAUGAACAAACUAAAAGGAAAAGAAUUGGAGCUUCUUUUAGCUAUUUUACCGGAUAACAAUGGUUCCUUAUAUGGUGAUCUCAAGCGAAUAUGCGAAACAGAUCUUGGUCUCAUUUCCCAGUGUUGUCUCACAAAACACGUCUUCAAGAUCAACAAGCAGUAUUUGGCCAACGUGUCCUUAAAAAUUAAUGUUAAGAUGGGCGGUAGGAAUACAGUUCUAUUGGAUGCCAUAAGCUGCAGAAUACCAUUAGUGAGUGAUAUACCGACAAUUAUCUUUGGUGCAGACGUAACACACCCCGAAAAUGGAGAAGAGACAAGCCCAUCAAUUGCUGCUGUUGUGGCAUCUCAAGAUUGGCCAGAGGUGACAAAAUAUGCAGGGCUCGUUUGUGCUCAGGCUCACAGACAAGAAUUAAUACAGGAUUUGUAUAAGACGUGGCAGGACCCGAUUCGUGGUACAGUGAGUGGUGGCAUGAUAAGGGAUCUUUUGGUUUCAUUCAGGAAAGCAACUGGGCAAAAGCCACAGAGGAUAAUAUUUUACAGAGAUGGUGUGAGUGAAGGACAGUUUUACCAAGUGCUAUUGUUCGAGUUGGAUGCUAUCCGCAAGGCUUGCGCAUCUUUGGAGCCAAACUACCAACCGCCAGUGACUUUUAUUGUGGUUCAAAAACGACACCACACCCGACUCUUUGCUAAUAAUCACAGGGACAAGAGCAGCACAGACAAAAGUGGAAACAUUUUGCCUGGCACAGUGGUUGAUUCGAAAAUCUGUCACCCAACAGAAUUUGACUUUUAUCUCUGUAGCCAUGCCGGAAUUCAGGGAACAAGCCGACCUGCACAUUACCAUGUCCUAUGGGACGAGAACAAUUUUACUGCCGAUGGAAUUCAGUCUCUGACGAACAAUCUCUGUUAUACGUAUGCAAGGUGCACACGUUCCGUCUCAGUGGUUCCCCCAGCUUAUUACGCGCAUUUGGCCGCUUUUCGGGCAAGAUUCUACAUGGAACCAGAUGUGGCCGAAAAUGGAUGUGGCAAUGGGCAAAGUAGGAAGGGCAACGGACGAGUUGCUGCGGGCGACAACCGGCAAGUCCGCGGGACCGAGAGUAACUCCGACCCCCGAGGUUUAAACCAUAAUGGAGGUCAAGGUACGAAGAAAAUAAAGACUAUCAAUUCGUUCUUUAAGCCAAAAAAGCAUACGUCGACAAGCGGAGAUCGUCCUUCUAAUGAUGAUGUUGUCGCCUCUAUUGAUAUGAGUUUUCUUGAACGUGACCCGGCACUACGUACUCCAAUAUGGAAAUAUCUCGUUGAUCAAAGGGAUGAAAUAAGAUGA